AUGCCAAAUGUUAAGAUUAAAGUUAUAAGUCGAAAUCCUGAAGACUAUUUACGGUCUACAAAGCGUGAUAUUCACAAAAUACCCAGGAACUAUGAUCCUAGUCUUCACCCAUUAGAAGCGCCACGUGAAUACGUUAGAGCCAUGAAUGCUGUAAAACUUGAAAGAGUUUUUGCCAAACCCUUUAUUGGCAGUCUAGACGGACACAGAGAUGGAGUUUCUAGCAUGGCAAAACAUCCAAAUAAACUUGCACUGCUGGUUAGUGGGGCUUUUGACGAUGGGGAGACAUUUACAAGUGUUGGUGAUGACAAAACAAUAAAAACAUGGAAGUCUCAAAUUGUGUCGCCUGAUGAAGAAGAGCCUGUUAACACAUUACUUAGCAUGUCCCCAGUGUCUGGUAUUACUUACCAUAGAAAUAAGCCAAUCUUUGCCACUUGUGGUGAGCAUUGCCAAUUGUGGGAGAACACAAGAAGUGAACCAAUAAAAAUAUUUAAAUGGGGAGUAGAUAGUCUCCAUCAUGUUGCAUUUAAUCAGGUUGAAUACAAUUUGUUAGCUUCAUGUGCAAGUGACAGAAGCAUUAUCCUUUAUGACUGUAGAGAAUCAGGCCCUUUACGGAAAGUUGUGAUGGAAUUAAGAUCAAAUGCCCUCUCUUGGAACCCAAUGGAAGCUUUUAUAUUUACAGUAGCUAAUGAAGACUAUAACUUGUACACAUUUGAUGUGAGGAAGCUUAAUCAGCCUGUAAAUAUUCACAUGGAUCAUACAUCAGCUGUAAUAGAUGUUGACUACUCACCAACUGGUAGAGAAUUUGUAGCCGGAAGUUAUGAUAAAACAGUGAGAAUCUUUGAAAGUCUAAAAGGCCAUUCUAGGGAUGUGUAUCACACAAGACGAAUGCAAAGACUGACAUGUGUGAAGUGGUCCUUAGACAAUAAGUACAUAUUGACAGGUUCAGAUGAGAUGAAUAUCAGAAUGUGGAAAGCGAGAGCAUCUGAAAAACUUGGCGUUCUCAAACCUCGUGAGCGAACCGCGCUGAACUAUGCCGACGCGUUGAAAGAAAAGUUCGGCAAUCAUCCUCAAAUAAAACGGAUAGCCCGCCACCGACACGUGCCAAAACACAUUUUGAAUGCUCAAAAGGAGCUGAGGAUUAUACGGGAGAAGUCAAAGAAGAAAGACGCAAAUCGCCGCGUUCACAGCAAACCCGGCAGUGUACCGCAUGUGCCUGAACGCAAAAAGCAUAUUGUUAAAGAAGACGAG